AAAGAAUAGAGAACUAAUGAUAGAGAAAUUAUAUUAACAAAUAUAUUAACAAGAACUGUUAACGCUAGUGAUUUCAAGAUACAAGUUUUACGGCAAAGUUUUACCAUCGAUGAUCAAAUAUGCCUAAAAUUCGUGCGAAAAGAAGUGCCAUUUGGCUGCAUUUUUCCAUAGUAUACCAAAACGAUGGAUUAAACGCAAUCGUCAGGUGCAACAAGUGCAAUCUCAUAGUGCCUUAUUGUAAAAACACGACGAAUCUGUGGUCGCACGUCCGCACACACCACAAAGACGUUCUCGAGAUAAACUCGUCUAGUUGUAAGAAAGAAGCGGGACAAGCUCAUACAACUGCAUCCAGUUCAUCAGAGACCAAAUACAAAGCGGUAAUUUCGUCAGAAAUCUCCGAUGUGCUGCGAAGAUCGUCUUCGAAUUUCACAGAAGCAGGUGAGAUAACUCGAUCUUUGAUACAAAUGAUAGCAGAAGACGUGCUUCCCUUUUCAAUAGUCAAUGGCAAAGGAUUCAUCAAUUUCGUGAGAACGUUGAACGAAAAAUACAAAAUACCAAAGAGAAGUAUUUUGAUCUCGAAAUACUUGCCAGACUCGUACGCGCGCAAAUGCAUGGAGAUCAAGGAAAGUUUGUCGAAAGCGACGUGUGUUAACGUUGCGAUUAGUUUGCAGGAAAAUACGAAGCGCAGUGGCUUGAUUCUCGCGACAAGCGUCCAUUUCUGUGUCGAUAGAGUCCAACACCACAAGUUAUUGAGGAUCUCGUUUCAAUCAACGGACGACAAGUUUCCCAUAUUACGCGAGCUCGAUGAAAUUGGUAAGCUCUGGCAAUUCUGUUCGAAAAUAAACCUCGUCACUUACAACGACACGUAUCGUACUAUGACGUACGCCACGCACAAUACUUGUUUCGGUCACACGUUGAACUGUGUAGCACAGACUGCGAUGAAAAACACGAAAGUUGUAUUUGACGUGAUAAAUAAGUGCCGAGACGUUGUCUGUAAUUUUAAAAUUAACGAAAUCGUAGCGAGUUCGCAACGAUUUGCUACGAAUUCUUCGAAAAUUUUGAACUUAUGGGGGAAUGCGGCCGAUUGUUGGAUCUCCGCGUAUUUAAUGCUAAACCACGUGUACGAAUUAAAACCUGUUUUAGAGAAGGAUGCAUUAUCUAAAUGGGAAGCAACUUCUCAGACGUCGCCAAAGAUAUACGAAAGACCUGACAGAGAUGUACCAUCUGUGUCAGAAGUUGAAUGGAAUAUAAUUUCGGAGAUAAUCAAAGUUUUGUGGCCAUUGCACGAAGCGACAAAAGAAUUGUUCUCUGAUCUUCACGUGACAAUUUCGAAAAUAAUACCUAUCGUUCAUGGUAUAGAGGCUGCUUUAAAAGAUAUGGAUGAUUUGUCGGCCGAUGGCACGUUGUUCCGUGACAAUUUGUUGAGAUGUUUCUCUGCACAAUUUAAGGACGUCGAAGAGUCGGUUGGCUACGCUAUCGCCACAUUUUUGGAUCCUAGAUACAAGGAUGUCGCGUUUCAUUCCAAGAAAUGUAUCGAAAAUGUGAAGAAUAUAUUGACGAAAUCAAACGUUUCCGACGAUGAAAACGCUAAUUCUACGAUUGAUAGUCCGGAAACGAACGAUGAAAAUGUAGGAACGAAUAUUUUAUGGGCGGCGUUUGAUAAGAGGGUUGAGGAAUUGGGCGUUAAACCUGACAACUGUGUUAUUAAUUGUCCAUCAAGGCACGAGUUGGAGAGAUAUAUAAAUUUGAAAAUAAUUAACAGAAAAGACGAUCCGAUCGCAUGGUGGAGUACUACGGGCCACGUGAUGUUUCCAAACCUUUCAAAAAUUGCAGCCGAUUACUUGUGCGCACCUGCAUACUCUGUAUCUAACAAUCCUUUAUUUUCAAAAUUGCAGAAAAUGUUAUUUGAUCGAAGAGUACGAUUGUCAGACGAACGUACUAACAUGCUCGCUGUGAUAGGUUCGAAUUAAAAUAAAUAGGAUAGCGAAACA